CGGGCGGUUUGUCUGAGGUGGUAACUCACGAGCUCCACGCUCGCUCGUUCGCUGUGUCGGCCACGCGAAACGGAACCGGGCCGGCUGGUUGAAAAGCGUGGCAGUCGGAGGUGACAUAGGCUGGCCACCAUGCUGAAGCAGCAGCAGCAGCAGCAGCAAAAAGCGGCGUCUCACGUUAAACGGCCCAUGAACGCCUUCAUGGUUUGGUCCAAAAUGGAGCGCAGGAAGAUCAUGCAGCAGUCGCCCGAAGUGCACAACGCCGAGAUCUCCAAGCGGCUCGGCAAGAGGUGGAAGUCGCUGGACAAGUCCGAGAAGGGUCCGUUCAUCCGCGAGGCUGAGCGGCUGCGCCUACAGCACAUGGCCGACCACCCGGACUACAAGUACCGGCCCAGGAAGAAGACCAAGACGGGCGAGGCCGCCGACAAGAGCGGCCGAGGAGCCAGCAAGCGGUCGAACCCGCAGCAGCGGCAGAGGCAGAGGCCGAGGCCGAGGUGCCGCUUCGUGCUCAAGCGGGACUUCAACGACUCGGACGACGACGAAACUGCCGCAGAACCGGAAGAAGAUUCGGUUCGGCUCUUCUACAGCUUAAAGAACAUGACGCGCCAGGCCACCGGAACCUUGUACCUGGCCUCUUCGUCGUCGUCCUCGUCUUCUGGGUCCAAUUCGUCGUGCUGUGGAGACGACCUGGAGCGCGACCAGCAGGACCCGUUCCCAACCAGCCCCGCCCCCUCGGAACCGGGCAACCUGAGCCUGUCUCUAGUGGACAAAGACUUGGACCUGAGCGGUACUGAGCGGGGCCGCGGCUCUCACUUCGAGUUUCCGGACCACUGCACGCCCGAACUGAGCCGGAUGAUAACCGGAGACUUCUCGGACCUUCUGUUCACCUACUGAGCCGAAAGUGCCGAAAAUGACGGUUUUACCUCAGUUUUCCUUUUCACCUGGACUUGGGACUUUUCUUUGCUCCUUUUUAAACAAAAGAACAUUUAUUUUCCGAUGAUUUUCACGCACUUGUUGCAGUUUGAUUUUAGUGCUGCGAGGUUUUCUGUUGGUCACGUGACAAAUAAGAUUUUCUGUUCCGUCUUGUGAAAUUUGAAAAACGUGUGACAGAAGAAUAAA